GUUUCGUUUGAUCUAUCCUUCGUAUAUAUAAAUAGAUUCUCCAAAUCUCUUCGUAAUUUUGGCCAAACCCUCCCUCCGUCUCUCUGAAACAAUGGCGGUCUCGUCGGCCUCUUCGACUUCCUACUCCGAUGCAUCCUCUGACUCCUCGUUGGCUCGCCGUCGCUGCAGCCAACGUAACCGUCGAGAGAAAGACAGAGACCGGGAAUCUCUCAAGAUCCGUAAGAAGAGCCGCUCGCAUACUAAGCGUCGCCGCAGGCGGUACCGCUCAUCAGAUUCUUACUCUUCCUCCUCCUACUCUGAUUCCUCCAGAAGUGAGAGUUCAGACAGUGAGCAUGAGGCAUCGAAGAGACGCAAAAGGAAUGAUGGACCAAAGAAGUCCAAAGAGAGGAGCAAGACACAUCGUCAUAAACGCCAUAAGCACGGAGUUAAAGAGAAGCAGCGAGAUGAGGGAACUAGUAGUCCUGUACAACUCUCGAAGUUUCUAGGCCGCAACAAAGAUGAUGGUGUCCGCCGCAGUGCUGUCUCUGGCAAGAAGAUUCUGUUGAAACUUGACAAAUCGAAGGAAGAUAAAGUAGCAGAAAACAAAAGAAGUGAAUUGCUGAAAUUCUUGAAUGCCAGUUUUGAUUGAUUGGAUAUACUGCAUGUUAGCAGUCAGCUUAGGUCCACUCGUCUCUUCCAAGUACACGGGUUACCGAGCACGGUGGAAAUUUGAUGAUUCGGCGUUUCUGUUCCGAACGCAGAAAAUGUAGAAUUUCAGUUUUUUUUUUUCUAAUUUGGAAAUGGUGCGUUUAGAUCAAACUGGGUUGCUGCUGAUUGGAGAGCGGAGAUUUAUUUUGUGUUUACCAUGUUGUGUCAUUUGAGGGUGGCACUCGUUGCCAGGGCGUUUAGGUGACAAAGCAUACCCUGCUGCGCUGCCCAAGACUCAGCUUAUGAUAUAACGGGCUAUAUAUAUAUAUAUAUAUAUAUAUAUAUAUCAGCUGGGAUCAAUGUAUUCAGGCAAGAACUUGGUAUCUCUAGAAUUAAGUGUUAUUAUGUGGAAAAAAACCUGACUUUUACU